AUGUCUAAUUUGGAUGUGUCUAACAUCACUCUGACGGUAGUGAUGGAUCAAACCGCUCCAGUGAAGGUGUUCUUGUCUAUGACCCCGUGUGUCAUUUUCCUUUACGUUAAUGGGGUUAUGCUCUUCACCUUGAGUAAAAAAACUGUUUUUCAGGAGAAGGCCCGCUACAUAUUGUUUGGUCACAUGCUUUGGGUCGACACACUUAAUCUGUGUAUGAGCGUAGUGUUGUAUAUAUGCGCCGUUAGUAAAAUCUCAAUUAUGAAAAAUGUCUGUUUUGUUCUUCUCUUUUUUACAACAGCCCUCUUACAUGUUUCUGUGCUGAAUCUGGCUUUAAUGUCACUGGAGAGGUACGUGGCCAUCUGCUUUCCUCUCAGACACGCAGAAAUCAUCACUUCUGAAAGAACUAAAAUGGCCAUCGGUAUUGUCUGGAUGAUGAGUUUGAUUCAGCCCCUCUCUGACAUGAUCACUUUUUAUGCUGUUGAUUCUACGAGUGCAGUGAUGAAUUUGUUCUGCUCAAGGACUACUCUUUUCAGGCUGCAGAUCUAUAAGAAACUAGAAAUAUCUAUCUCUUGUGUAUUUUUUGUGUCUGUGUGUUUUGUUAUUAUCUUUACUUACGCAUCUAUAGCAGCUGUGGCUAAAACCGCCUCCGGUGAUAAAAUGUCAGCCAAAAAAGCCAACAAGACUGUUCUGCUGCAUUUGUUACAACUGGUUCUUGGUCUCGUGUCCCUUUUAUUGGAACCCAUUUUUGAAGCAAUUUAUGUUCGUCUUGGCCUUACUGCUUCAGUAAACUUAAUGUAUUUUUUCUUUGCAGUCUUUAUCAUUUUCCCAAGAUGUUUAAGUCCUCUUGUAUAUGGCCUGAGAGACCAGGCCUUUGGCGUGUCUUUCAAAUAUUACUUCACAUUGGGGUUAAAAAGGCAAAACAGAUGCAAUACAGAGAUACAUGUAGUAGCGAGAGGUUGUAAAAUAUAG